AUGGCAAUGCAGACGGGCUGCUGCUCGGCGGCGGCGGUCCUCCUCCUCCUCGUGGUUGCCGCGGCCGGUGCGUCGGUCGCCGGGGCGACGUAUGUCAGGUACAAAGACCCCAAGCAGCCGAUCCAGGCGCGCGUGGAGGAUCUCCUCGGCCGGAUGAGGAUCGAGGAGAAGAUCGGGCAGAUGACGCAGAUCGAGCGCCACAACGCCUCCUCCGCCGUCAUCGAGAAGUACUUCGUCGGGAGCGUGCUGAGCGGUGGCGGCAGCGCGCCGUCGGAGAAGGCGUCGGCGGCGACGUGGCAGGAGAUGAUCACCAAGAUGCAGAAGGCGGCGCUCAGCACCCGCCUCGGCAUCCCCAUCAUCUACGGCAUCGACGCCGUGCAUGGCAACAACAACGCCUACAACGCCACCAUCUUCCCCCACAACGUCGGCCUUGGCGCCACCAGGGACCCCGACCUGGUCAAGCGCAUCGGCCGCGCCACGGCGCUCGAGGCCAGGGCCACUGGCAUCCCCUACACCUUCGCGCCAUGCGUCGCGGUUUGCCGUGAUCCGAGGUGGGGCGGGUGCUACGAGAGCUUCAGCGAGGACACGAAGCUGGUGCAGCUGAUGACGUCGGCCGUCAUCCCCGGCCUGCAGGGCGACGUCUCCACCAAGCACCCCAGGGGCGUCCCCUUCGUGGGCGGGUCCAAGCACGUGGCCGCCUGCGCCAAGCACUUCGUCGGCGACGGUGGGACGCACCACGGGAUCAGCGGCAACAACACCGUGCUCAGCUUCCACGACCUCAUGCGGAUCCACAUGCCGCCCUACUACGACGCCGUCAUCAAGGGCGUCGCCUCCGUCAUGAUCUCCUACUCCAGCUGGAACGGCGUCAAAAUGCACGAGAACAAGUACCUCAUCACCCAGAUCCUCAAGGAAAAGAUGCACUUCAGGUGCGGCGGCUGGACCAAGUCCUGGCAGGGUCAGGCCGGCAACGGCAUCACCGGCCAUGGCACCACCAUCCUUGAGGCCAUCAAGUCGGCCGUGGACAAGAAGACGGUCAUCGACUACUCGGAGCACCCGGACAAGGGCAACGUCUCCAAGAACGAGGACGAGUACGACUACGCUGUGGUGGUGGUGGGCGAGCACCCCUACGCCGCCACCGCCGGCGACAACCUGAACCUCACCAUCCCGGGCCCGGGGCCCGAGGUCAUCAGGAAGGUGUGCGAGCUCGUCAAGUGCGUCGUCGUCCUCGUCUCGGGCCGUCCGCUCGUCGUCGAGCCAUACCUGGACACCAUUGACGCGCUCGUCGCCGCCUGGCUGCCGGGCACCGAGGGCCACGGCGUCGCUGAUGUGCUCUUCGGGGACCACGGAUUCUCCGGCAAGCUGCCCAGGACGUGGGUCAGGUCCGUCGACCAGCUGCCCAUGAACUACGGCGACAAGCUCUACGACCCGCUCUUCCCCUUCGGAUUCGGACUCACCACCAAGCCGGCUGAUCGCAGCUAG